CAAAAUGGCGGAGCCAAUCCUUAAAGUCGCCUUUAGUGCCUGUGAACACUUCUGGUAUUCUUUCCUUUCUACUACCUGGGAAAGUGCGAUUUAGAAAUGUGCUGUUAGCAACACUUCUGUUCCUACUCCUGGAACUAGAGCACUGGCUAUAACAACUGCUGAACGAACCUUCGUCGCUACUGCUGCUGCUAUUUCUAUGUCCACUACACCUGGGGGACCUUUGACUCCUAAUCCUAUGUCUUUCCUUCCUGCUUUUAGUCACUUUCUGAGGAAACCAACUUUCUUUCUUAAGCACAAGGAUACCUAUGGACACACCGAGCGCAAACACCAGGGCACACAAAGCAGCCGUUAACAACAUGAUGAACACAGUGUGUGCGUAAAGAAAACGCUCCUACCUCUACACUCUACAGGAAUGUGACCCAGCAGCUCGGUGUCCAGUGAACACAGACAAGACCGGGCUGACACUCGACAGAAAGUCUCCGGGUCACGGCGCCAUGGACUUGUAGCCGGAGCCAUGCGCUUCCUCACUCAGGUCAACACCGUGACCCCUGGCGCCGUCAGUCCGUGAACGGCGUUCCUCUUUGGUGUUCCAGGGGAGAGGACGGGAGUUCCCAAGGAGAAUUUUCCAAUAUAAUUCUAGCUUUCGUUCGUAGGGUGUGUUGUCUUUUACCUCGCGCUGUGUUUUUUGUUUGCCAUCCACUACACACCCGCACUCAGCCGACCUUGCAGUCCACUGAAGACCUGCUUUAUUUGCCCAGACUAAAGUCUUUUCUUGGGUGUGUCAACUCCACGGAUCUUCACGUGUGUUCUGUCUGCUGUGUCACCACUACACGGACAACACAAAUCUCUCUCGCGCUAGUGGUACACGUUCACCUCACUCACACGAGAGGACACACUAGCAUUCGUUGGGACUAACACGCUCACACAGGGAAUCGACAGAGUAGGAGUAAGAAGUUGUUCCCUUGGAGCCAGAAGACCUCAAAGACUUGAGACUAGCCAGAGAAAGAAAGUAGAGAAGGCAGCACUGCCUGCAGUCAUCAGUCAUUGCCGACUGUAGAGCCUUAGUCAAGAAGGAGGGAGAUACAGAGGAAGAAAGCAUCAUCCAUUAUCAGCGAUGUCCACCCCACGAAAGUUGAUAACCAUUGCCAUCUUCGUCGCCGUACUCGGCGUCAUUGCACGUCACGCUGUCAAAAUGACAGUGAAAAUGGGCGUCUUCAGACAUUUCUAUCCACACUAUCCAGGAGAUUGCAAACCUGUAGAGGGUAUACAACUAGGGUCAGAGGACAUGGAGACUCUCUCAGAUGGACUGACCUUCAUCACGUCUGGACUCCUCCUGACGACGUCGGCUGCGGGGUACAAAGAACAUUACCGGCGUAACAACCUGGCGGGACACGUGUACCUGUACGACUUCAAACAACCCCAGCAAGGUGUCCGACAGCUCAAGAUUGUGUCCACGCCUCACCUGGACCGCGGCACAUUCGCGCCUCAUGGCAUCAGCGUAUGGGAGGACAAGAUCACAGGUCGCCACACAGUGUUUGUGGUCAACCACCCACAACGAGAGCCGCCAGUGGACACCAUCGAGAAGUUCACCUAUGACCCCGAGCAACAACAGCUGCUUCAUCAGGCCACGUUCUCCUCUCCCGAGAUGAGACUGAUGAACGACGUUCAGGCUACAAGUGACAACAGCUUCUACUUCACCAACUCGCACGCCAGCCAUUCCAUCUUGAGGAUUCUGCUGGAAGUGCUGCUGGACUUGCCCUGCACAAACGUGGUUUACUUUGACGGAAGAUUUUACUCUGUUGUUGCGGAUGGCAUUAGGUCAGCCAACGGUAUUUACAUGUCCCACGACCGGAGGUAUGUUUAUGUAGCCGCCAUUACUGGACAAGAGUUGUGGAUCUUUAAGAGGAACAACGACAGCUCUCUGACCGAACAGCAGGUGUAUCCAUUGUACUCGUCACCUGACAAUAUUAUUGUCGACCGUGUGUCGGGCGACCUGUACCUGGGCAGCCAUCCAAUCCUCUUCAAGCUGCUGCAGUUUAUGCAACAUCCGGGUUCCUCGGCUGCUCCUUCACAGGUACUACAUAUACGGGUGAAGGAGGGCCGGGUGGUGUCAGCACAGGAGCUGUUGUACGAUGACGGGGGACAACUGGCGGCGUCCUCAUCUGCCGUUGUCUUCAACGGUCGGCUGCUGGUGGGCUCCGUGUUACACAAACUGCUCCACUGUGACGUCACAGUUCCUAUGUAACGACUGCACACCAAGCGAAGAGAGCGAGUCUUUGGAUUGGCAUUCCAUUCCAUUUGUUGACAGUGAUUCCAGCUCUGCCUGCUACAAUGUUCACCUCCAACUUCUACGGUUUUCAGCAGACACGUGAUGCCCCCGACAUGGUGUACAGGCAGGAAGGAAGGAUGUAUACACAAGACCAAUGUUUAGAGCACAAUACUUUUAUUACAGCACAAUCCACACAAUGUGUCGAUGGAAGGUUUGGCAAGUGUGAGUGGCGAGGACAGAGCAGUGACUGUAUGUCAUGACACUAGGCAGUUUGUUAGUGUCAGUGUCAUGAAACUGUUGGUAGGAGGCAGAUAACUAUGUGAUGGAUUGCACCUUGACACCGCUGCCUCCUAGUCCUCUCCCUUGUCGAUCAUUGUAGUAUGUUUCUUACUCACCUGAGUUUACACUACCUGCUAAACAACAUCGACACAGCGAAUGUUGAAUAAAUUGUCUUUACAAAUAUAAA